AGUGCCGCUACGGAAGCUGGCGCGGCCGCUUCACCAUGGCGACGGCCGCUCCGCGGCGCUUCUGCCGGUGCGCUUGCUUCUGCUCUCAGAACCUGUACGUGGCGCGCUAUGGGCUACACCUGCGCUUCCGGGACGAGCAGCAGCUGCGCCGUGACUACGGUCCGCUCCUGCGCAGCCGCGGCUGUGCCAGUUCCAAGGACUUCCAGCAACUCUUGGAGGAGCUUGAGCAGGAAGUGAGGCGCCGCCGCAGGCUGGGGCAGGAAUCAGCUGCCAGAAAAGCCCUCAUUGCCAGCUCCUACCACCCAGCGAGGCCUGACAUCUACAGCUCACUGCAGGAUGAGGCUCUGGCCCCUGAGUUUGUGGCUGCCGCUGAAUAUAGUGCGUCUCCGGGCGCAGGCUUUGAGGGCCUGCUCCAGCGGCUGGAGGUAGUGUCAGAGGAGAAGCGCAUCUACCGGGUGCCAGUGUUCUCAGUGGAGUUCUGCCAGGCCCUGCUGGAAGAGCUGGAGCAUUUUGAGCAGUCGGACAUGCCCAAGGGAAGGCCCAACACCAUGAACAACUAUGGGGUACUGAUGCACGAGCUAGGCUUAGACGAGCCUCUGGUGACACCCCUGCGGGAGCGCUUCCUGCAGCCGCUGCUGGCCCUACUGUACCCAGAGUGUGGCGGGGGCCAGCUUGAUAGCCACCGAGCCUUUGUGGUCAAGUAUGCACUGGGCCAGGACCUGGAGCUGGGCUGCCACUACGAUAAUGCUGAACUCACCCUCAAUGUGGCCCUUGGCAAGGCCUUCACAGGGGGCGCCCUAUACUUUGGGGGCCUUUUCCAGGCACCUGUGGCCCUGAUGGAACCCCUGGAGGUGGAUCACGUGGUGGGUCAGGGUAUCCUGCACCGUGGUGGCCAGCUGCACGGGGCUCGGCCCCUGGGUACUGGAGAACGCUGGAACCUUGUCAUCUGGCUCCGGGCAUCUGCUGUUCGAAACCGCCUCUGUCCCAUGUGUUGCCAGAAGCCAGACCUGGUGGAUGAUGAGGGCUUUGGUGAUGGCUUCACCCGGGAGGAGCCUGCCACAGUAGAUGUGUGUGCAUUGACUUGAGCCUGGUCCCCCCCCCACCCCCAGGUGUUGGUGCUGUGGCAGCAGAGUAUUGCCAUCUUGGGCAGGGAGGGCAGGAAUAAACUGCAGCCAUGACACUACUUGGCUCG